CCAAUACGCAAUAUCUUAGGAGCCUCCAACUAACCGAUUGGGAAGAGCUAGAUAGGUAGAAACUUCCCUCGGUCGAGAUUCGCAAACCAUAUUUCUUUUAUUUUGAUCAAUCUUUCUCAUUCUCGUCCUCAAUACUGACUUCCAAGGUUGAUUCGAAUUUCAAUUUCCUCAAUUCUAACGACAUUAUAAAACAUCUCUGCCGGAUUCCGAAGGGAACAGAUAUAUACCAUAUACAUACCGUAUCCGAUCACUUAGUAACACCGUCCUGUCCGCGACACGAUUCUCCUCCCUCUCCUCUCGACUUUUUCCGUCCCAUCUCGUUCGAUCCGCCGUGAUUCCAACUCAUCACCGUCUUGACGAGACAAAACACUUGUCUAUGUGUCAAAUAGAUGUGUGUCUUAAGGCAAACUAAGGGAGAGAGGAUUGGCGCUGAAUGAGGCACCUAUUGCCUUUGCGCAUCGCUGAGUCAGGCUUCACUCGGUUUGUUCGUUCGUCGCCAGGGUUAUCGCCGUAUCCGUUGCCACGGAGUGCAUCCCCGUCUAUCAUCCGAAUUAGUAUCAAUACGCGUCUCAUUCGCCAGAUCACCACCCAGUCACCUUGCCCCCUUCCGUCGACCGCCGCAACUAUGAACGGAACAAGUCCAACCUCGCGCUCUAAGCGCAAGGCUCCUUUUCCACCCAACGAACACGAUCGCCCACAUAAACAAUUACGACCUGCUAACGGCAGAAUGUCCCCAAGCGAGAAUACACCAGACACCGAGUUGCCUGUCUUCAUAGAGAACGACAUGGCAGCUGACGAAGAGUUAACUAUAUCGUUCCCUCCUCCGGCAGUCACUGAUACGGCGGAAUGGCAAGCCACUAUUGAGAACGUAGUUCGAAAUGUGGUUUCUAUUCGCUUCUGCCAGACAUGUUCUUUCGACACGGAUAGUGCUUGUGCCAGUGAAGCGACUGGAUUUGUUGUUGAUGCUGAGAAGGGUUAUAUCCUAACCAAUCGGCAUGUCGUUGGCUCUGGUCCUUUCUGGGGUUAUGUCGUGUUUGACAAUCACGAAGAAGUUGACGCCUACCCUGUCUAUCGAGAUCCCGUCCACGAUUUCGGUAUUUUGCGUUUCGACCCUAAGGCUAUUAAAUACAUGCCAGUAGCAGCCUUACCCAUUCGCCCGGACCUCGCAAAAGUUGGUGUUGAAAUUAGAGUGGUCGGAAACGACGCUGGUGAGAAAUUGAGUAUUCUCUCUGGUGUGAUCAGUCGAUUGGAUAGGAACGCCCCUGAGUAUGGUGAAGGUUACAGCGAUUUUAACACCAAUUAUUACCAGGCAAAUGCUGCAGCCAGUGGAGGAAGUUCCGGCAGUCCUGUCGUCAAUAUUGAUGGAUUUGCCAUAGCCUUACAAGCCGGUGGUAGAUCUGAUGGCGCAUCCACGGAUUAUUUCCUGCCCCUCGACCGACCUUUGAGAGCUCUCCGUUGCAUACAAGAAGGCAAACCGGUCGAACGAGGCACUAUACAGUGUCAAUUCAUUAUGAAACCUUUUGACGAGUGUCGCCGACUUGGUCUAACGCCAAAUUGGGAAAAGGCAAUUCGCGAAGCAUUUCCUAAGGAGACAAAUAUGCUUGUUGCCGAAAUUGUCCUUCCUGAAGGUCCGUCUCAUAAGAAAAUCGAAGAAGGAGACGUACUUUUGAAGGUGAAUGGUGAGAUGCUCACCCAAUUCAUUCGACUCGACGACAUAUUAGAUUCAAAUGUUGGUAAGACUGUCCAUUUGAGUCUCCAACGAGGUGGCGAGGACAUUGAUAUCGACAUCGAAGUCGGAGACCUCCACGCAAUUACACCGGACCGUUUUGUGACCGUCUCGGGAGCCAGUGUGCACAAUCUAUCCUACCAGCAAGCACGCCUCUAUGGCGUAGCUACCAAUGGCGGCGGUGUGUUUGUUUGUGAAUCGACAGGUUCAUUUCGUUUCGAUAGUGCCGAUAACGGUUGGAUGAUCCAGAGUGUCGACCAAAAGAAGACACCCAAUCUACAAUCGUUUAUUGACGUUGUCAAGGGGAUUCCGGACAAGAAGCGUGUCGUCGUUACGUACAAACACCUUCGAGAUCUUCAUACUUUGAACACCACGAUCAUUAACGUUGAUCGGCACUGGUCGGCUAAGAUGCGGUUGGCGGUGCGAAAUGAUGUGACGGGAUUAUGGGACUUUGAUGAUAUUGCUGACGCUCUACCCCCAGUACCCCCUAUUCGUCGCAAGGGCGCUUUUAUCCAGCUAGAGCACACUUCCCAUCCUGCUGUGGCCGAUCUAGUCCGCAGUUUUGUGCGUGUUAGUUGCACAAUGCCACUUAAGCUAGAUGGAUUCCCCCGAAACCGAAAAUGGGGCAUGGGUUUGGUAAUCGACGCUGAGAAGGGCUUGGUGAUUAUCUCCAGGGCCGUCAUCCCUUAUGAUCUGUGCGAUAUCUGGAUCACGAUUGCAGAUUCAAUUAUUGUCGAAGGCAAAGUUGUUUUUAUGCAUCCCUUACAGAACUACGCAAUUGUAAAAUACGACCCUGCCCUUGUUGAUGCGCCGGUGUUGAGUGCUAGACUUGGCACGGAUAAUAUCACACAAGGAGCCUCGACAACAUUUAUAGGAUAUAACCGAAGUGGGCGGAUCGUCCACGCUGCCACUACAGUUACAGAAAUGACUACAGUCGCCAUUCCUGCUAAUUCCGGUGCCCCUAGAUAUCGAGCUACCAAUGUUGAUGCAAUAACCGUUGAUACCAAUCUCAGUGGACAAUGCGGAAGUGGAGUCCUCGUUGAUAAGGAGGGUACUGUCCAAGCUCUAUGGCUCACCUACCUUGGGGAGCGAUCCUCUGGCUCAAGGGAUGAGGAAUAUCAUCUUGGUCUUGCCACCCCAACCCUACUACCUGUCGUCUCGCAGAUUCAGCAGGGUCAAGAUCCAAAACUUCGAAUGCUGCCCGUGGAAUUUAGAGCUAUUGCAAUGUCACAAGCACGAGUGAUGGGAGUUUCUGAGGAUUGGAUAAAUAAGGUGUUUGAAGCCAACAAGCACACGCAUCAACUUUUCAUGGUUUCCAAGUGCACCUUUGAGCGAGAUAACCGCCCUACUGUUUUACGUGAGGGCGACAUUAUCUUGACUCUAAACGGCAAGAUCAUUACGCGUGUAUCGGAGCUAGAUGUCAUGUACUCACAUGAAAUCUUAGAAGCUAUCAUCGUCCGAGAGAGCGGGGAAAUGAACCUUCAGGUCCCCACAUCCCCAGCAGACAAUGUCGAGACUGACCAUGCUAUUUCAUUUUGUGGAGCAGUGCUUCACGUACCUCAUCUUGCUGUUAGGCAACAGAUCAGUAAGCUUCCUAGCGAAGUCUACGUUUCUGCCAGAAGUAGAGGCUCGCCGUCCUAUCAGUAUGGCCUUGCCCCGACCAACUUCAUUACUCACGUAAACGGCAAACCCACGCCAGAUCUCAAGACCUUCCUAGAGAACGUGGUUAAGAUUCCGGAUAAUACAUAUUUCCGAAUCAAAGCCAUGACGUUCGACAACCAACCGUGGGUCAUUACGAUGAAGAAAAAUGAACACUAUUUCCCCACUAUGGAAUGGGUCAAGGGUGGCUCAGAGCCGUGCGGCUGGAAACGUAUCACGUAUGAGAGCGGUAAGCCCGUCGCAGGCGAACCUACAGAUGGCAUCCUCCCUAUACAAGAUGGAGAGGAUGUAGAGGAUAUGGAUUACGACGGUGGAAUAUAAGACGCCUACUUAUGCGCAUAAGAAUCCGACAGCAUUAUGCCAAUUAUUAUAGAACGGGCAUCGAGGGAUAAAAGGGGCAUCGUUAUAUUUUGGUAGUGCCAUUUGUACAUAGACUUUUUCUGCCUUAAUAGGGGGGCUAUGCUUUAUGGUACUUGGCUAGUCUACUUAGUGAAAUUUUUGUUAAACGCGCACGGUCAUUUUCUCAAGGAUUCGUUGAUUGACUAUAUGUACUGCUUAUUUACCCCCGUUGCGGUGCAUUUGUUAGGUGCACACGUGGUGAAACAAUGCAGUGUUAGGGGAAUUAGGAGAGCCUACCUAGGUGGCUGAUGUACCCGGAGGGCCCGCCCUAGGAGGUAAAAUUAAGCUUAAUUAUCACCACAUGCCGUUCCUUCCCUAUUAGAAAGUCGCUUGCCAACGCCG